CCUUUUUUCUGCAAAAACUGUUAGAUAAACAAAGCUUGCUCUAUGGAGGCUGUACAGUUACUCCUUGCAUGUGCGCUGCUUUGCAUGGUGGUAAAGACCCACUCCACUGACACAAGGGACUGGCUCAUCAACAGCAUUAAAGAUGAGGUCACACUAACUGUGACUGGAGAUCAACUCACACUCAGUAACACACUCAUCUCUCGCAUCUUUACAACCUCCCCUGCCUUCGGGACAAUCGACUAUCGCAGUGAAACAAAACAACAGCCCAUACUACGCACAAUCUUUCCCGAGGGCUACGUAACGCUAGACGGUAUUGAUUACCCAAUAGGAGGUCUAUUCUCCCCCCUACCUCACGCUUACAUGAACACCUCUACACUGACUGUACUGCAGUCCUCUUUUGUGUACACUGGCUACACCAAGACCCCUCCAGUUGCACCAUUUCAUUGGGAACCUGGACUGAGGCAUUCCCCAACAGAUGCUAGCUGGCCUCCUAAAGGAAUGACUCUAUCGCUUAAUUUCAAACCUCCUGCAGAUGUGAAGAAACCUUCUCAUGCAAAUAUAAUUGUUACAGUGAACUACGAGAUGUAUGUGGGUGUACCUAUUUUAGCAAAAUGGCUAACAGUUCAAAAUGCAGCAAGUACUUCGGUUACAGUGGACCGGACUGUUAUCGAAUACAUCGGUACUCAAAAACCGUACGUUCCAUUGAGUUUAUCGCCCCAGGCCCAGCCUUGGGAGCACGACACAUCAGCCCUAACAGAAUCAUGGCUCUAUGUUGAAGCAAACGUGCCUCACGGUGGCCUAGUGCAGUGGGGUAUGGAUGCAGCUGGCAGUAGCGUUAGCCCUGGGGCAGAUGAACCUGUUCUCAAUUGUACCUACACAUUCGGACCAGGUGUAGAAAUUGCAACCACUUCGAAAUCCUCAAAAAUAAAUUCAGCACUGCUAUCACAAUUUGAUACUUAUAAAGUUUUGGAACUUGUUACGGAUUCUUAUGAUCGCGAGAGGAUUGCGCUGAGUCGGCACAAAAUGACGAGAUUGUUGGCACCACAAACACAAGAAAAUCCAAUAUUUUUCCACGGAACAGAUUCCAGUAAAACCGGUUUUAAGAAGUCUAUUGAUCAAAUGGUUGCAGUUGGUUUUGAGAUGUAUAUUUACAGUUUUGGUUCUGGUUUCAAACUGGAGGAUAUGGACAAGACUAAUAUCGACGCUAUCACUGCAGAUAUUCAGUAUGCAAAGUCACAAGGAAUUGAAGUUGGAGGGUAUGAUCUGAUAGACCUUGAUCGGGGUCACGGGGGAUAUGGGGGGAACGUGGGGGACCAGUGGGACGUAGUCAACCCACAAUCAGGACAACUAACACAGGAUGCUUGCUUCGCUUCUGGAUGGUAUGACAAGAUUAAUGACAUCAUCUUCACUUUCAUCAACCAAACUGGUCUCUCUAUGCUUGAGACAGAUGGACCAUAUGGAGGUGCAAUGUGCGGCUCAACUAACCACACCCACCACACCUCUGCCAGUGACUCCGUGUACUGGCAGACACGACUACAAGCACAGCUCUAUUCUGAGCUACGAGCAAAGAACGUGUUUAUCAACCAACCUGACAACUAUUUCUAUUGGGGAGGAAGCAAGUCUGGAAUGGGUUAUAAUGAGAACCAGUACAGCCUGCCUCGCUGGGAGGACCUCAGUGUGAGCAGACAGGGGAUGUAUGAUGAUACCUACCAUUACAUACCCACCCAGGGAUGGAUGUUUGUACCACUGGUCGUGUAUCACGGAGGUGGUUCUGCUGCUCAGUUUGAGCCACUGUCUGAGCACCUAGUGGAGUAUGAGUGGGCGUUGGCUCAAUACCUUGGUUACGGAGUUGCAGCUUGUUAUCGUGGCCCCAGGUUGUAUGACACUGAUGCAACUAUGCAGUUGGUGAAGAAGUGGGUGGGUUUCUACAAGACCUAUCGUGACAUUCUGAUCAGUGACAUAGUCCAUGUGAGGAGACCAGACAUGCAAGAUUACGACUGUGUGCUGCACGUGAAUCCUCACCUUGACCACCGCGGUCUAGCCAUGAUAUUCAACCCCACUCCAGUGGCCAUAACACGCAACAUCAGUCUACCACUGUACUACACUGGCCUGUCUGACAAAGCACUCGUGUUGCCUGAGGGACAGAGUCCGGGGGCAGUGUAUGGGUUGGAUAGAGGCUACAACGCGGUGGUGACUGUCACCAUGGACCCCAAGAGUAUCACAUGGAUACUUAUCAUGUCACCUGACUAAAUCUAUACGCAGCAAUGGACAUGCAGUUGUAGUAUAAUUAUAGUGUACUGUUUAGUCGGAAUACUUUAUUGUGCAAGUUUUUAUAUCUUUUAAAUUUGCUGCUGUACCUGUAUACGAAUAAAACUUUAUCCCAGUGAAA